AGCUCAGUCACCUGAUCAAAUCUUAAGUUCAGAUCAAUAAACAGCUGAUAUUAUUACCAGAACUCGUAAAAUUUGUUUUCUAUUUCUUUUCUAUUUGAUUUUGUUGAAUUAAGUUUGUGUAGUUGUUUGUUUUUAUUCUCCUAUUAUGAUAUAAUUGGAUAAAAAUAUUUUAAUUUAUUGCUGGACUAUAAAAAAUUACAGGUUGUGAGUGAACUGUUUCAACGGCCAACCGUCACCCACUCCAUUCUCUGUUUUCCUUUGGAAGGAACGAAAAGAAAACCGAACGAAAACUGAAAACACUAAGAAUUUGUUAUUAAUUACAAAAAUCAACAAAAAAAUUAGUUAUUCGGGUUGAUUUGUCGUUUUAAAAGAUACAUUUUCAUUUGAAAUGGAAAGAAGAUUCUCAUGGGACCAUGAAGAGACGAUUAUUGAGUUUGUCAAAAAUCAUUCAGUUUUGUUUGACAUCAACCAUCCUGAGUACAGAAAUUCAGCGCACAAGCAAAGACUGUGGAGGGAACUUGCAACAAUACUAAACAGAUCAACUGAAGAUGUUCAAAAGAAGUGGUUCAACAUAAGAGACUAUCAUAAACGAAAAAAGAAAGGACCCCCUGGCCCAUCUGGGGGGAAGCCAUCACAGCGUGAAGAAGCUCUAUCCUUUCUAGACGGAUUUUUCUGUGUCAAAAAAAGAAUGAAGAUUCAACACGACGAAGAGGAGCUGAUCAUCGAGUUUGUGAAAGCGCAUCCCCCCCUCUUCGACAUCAAUCAUCCGGAUUACAAAAAUGGAAAACUAAAAUCACAAUUAUGGAGUCAAAUUGCCCGAGAUCUUAAUAAAACAGUUGAUGAUGUAAAAAACCGUUGGGUGAAUAUAAGAGACUACCAUACCAGAAAAAAGAAAGGAACUGGAUUCUCCUGUGAUAGGGUGUCCUACCGUGAUGAGCAGCUAGCCUUCCUAAACUGUAACUUCGAUAAAAGCAAUGGAAACCAGGUUGAUGACUCGGCCGCCAACAACAAUUCGUCAGCUGAUGACCAGAGUCAGAGAGAUCUUCAAAUUGCUCUCUUGAAAACUCUCUGCGAGAGGCGACCCGUGGAAGAGACGCCUCAGCCGGACAUGCUGGAGCGAUUUUUCAACGCCAUGUGUGCUACUGUCAGAGCAUUCCCGGCUAAAGAACAGGCAGAAGUGAAGCUAAAAAUAGGGACCAUCAUUGGUGAAACAGAACUGCGUUUACAAGAAGAAGCUGUCAACGAUAGUCUUUUGUUAUUAUAAUGGAUUAAGUGAUUUUUAAAGAAUAUUACUUUUUGUACAAUCAUAGAAUGUUGGCUAGAACUGUUCCUCAGCCCACAAUUAAUCAAAGUUGAAAAAACUGUGAUGAAUGUUAAAAAGUGAGUAGGAAAAGACCAAGACAUCUCAAUUAUUGUAUGCAUCAGUCAUUAUAAAUUAUAAAUACAUAAUAAAAUUGUGAGCAUGUGAAUGUAAAAUAAAAGUUAUCCUUUAUAAGUAGUGGAUGUUAAUGUCUGGGUUUUAUAAAUAUGUAUAAUUAUUUAUAAAUAGGCCUACUCAUGAACUGUGUACAAUUGAAAUAGAUGAAUUAAGUAAAUUUUCUGACUGUUAUUGUAAAUUUAACGUUCAAUUGUGAAUAAAUUGAUAUUAUGUUAUUGAUA